AUGGCAAGUAUCCGCACAAUGAAUCAAGGCGAUGGCCGCCCACGCAAGACAGGGGGGCCAUGGUCCGUCCACGAGAACGAAAGGCUCAAAAUGCUCGUCGACCGAUGUGCCAACAAGACCCAGGUCCACUGGGUCGAGAUCGCCCGCGAGCACGGCACCAGGGACGCAAAGCAGUGCCGUGAGCGCUGGGACAACCACCUCAAGCCUGGCCUCAAGAGGGACAAGAUCUUAGACCCUGAAGGUGCCGUGCUUUUGCAAUGGGUUCGUGAGCAUGGCAAGCACUGGGCCCCACUCGGUCGCGCCAUGCAACGUCCCGAGAACAUGGUCAAGAACUACUACUACCAGGAGUUCAAGAAGACGGAGCGCGGAGUACGCCCCAAGAAGCGCGAGAUGCGCCAUCACGCAUCGCAGCGCCAGGACUCAGUGCCCAUGUCGCGGGGCAACUCAUCCUCUUCUUCUUACCAGCCAUUCGGACGCUCCUCAAUGUCGCCAAUGUAUGCUCCCGCCGCCCAUGACUACGGCAACAACCACCAAGCACCAUAUUACCCCUCAGGGCAACAUCAUGCCAACUAUCAGUACCCUUCGCGACGCACCAGCAUUGCGUCCAUCAUCACAAACCCCCCUUCGCUGGCCUCAGACCAUGGCUCCCCAGCCGAGUCGCCCCGCGCUGCGGCCGAGAUCCCAUAUCCCCAAGGGCAGUUUGCACUGCCUCCUUUCCAACGGGGUGUCAGUGGCCCAAAGUUGCUCUCACCUCAGGAGAUGCUUGAAGCCACAGGACACAAGCGAUCAAACUCGGCGUCGUCUUACGGCUCAUUGAUGGCACUUCCCCACAGCCCAGUCUCGCUGCCAAUUCGCACUGGGUUCUCGACGCCGGCCUACGGUGAUUCAGCUCAACGCAACAGAGACAGACACGCCCCUGUGUUCUCCCCAUCUGCCAACUCCGGCUUCUUUGACAACAGAUUUGACAGACGGUCGCCGCCACGAAAUGCUGAGCCGAGCCCUUCCAAGUCCAGGUCGGGCUCAGACACUCGCAUGUCCAUUUCGUCUCUGCUCGGUUGA